UUCGUGCAUGUUAUCGGCAGUGGGCCGCGGGCACCGGCUUCGAAAACACGUAUUGAAUAUGUGUUUUUAAUUAAUAUUUAAGCAUAUAAUUAGGUAGAAAAAUUGUAAAUUAAAUAUGGCUUCAAUCGUUCGGAGGAGCUUGGCUUCAGCUAGAAAUGUGAAGAGAUACCGGAAAGUUACAGUUUUCAUGCAGACGGAGCGACACCAAUCAAUACUGGCCACAAAAAACACGAGAGAAAACCAGAAGCCAAAACAUGAGAGCAGUUUCCACUCGAGAGCGUUUAGAACCAGCGCCGCCGCGAACAAGAUUGUCGCCUUCCACCUGUCCGACAUAGGCGAGGGCAUACGGGAGGUCGUCAUUAAGGAAUGGUUCGUAAAAGUGGGCGACUCAGUCCAGCAGUUCGACAACAUCUGCGAGGUGCAGAGCGACAAGGCGGCCGUCACCAUCACCAGCCGGUACGACGGCGUGGUCUCCCGCCUGUAUCACGAAGUGGACCAGACGGCUAAAGUCGGCCAGCCAUUGGUGGACAUUGAGGUCGCUGAUGAUGGUGCAGCAUCAGCCCCAACUUCCAGUGCAGACGCAACCCCGAAACCAGAAGCCACUAAAGACACAGCCACAAACCAAAGAGUAAAAGUAUUGACCACUCCAUCAGUCAGAAGAAUCGCAUCACAGUUUCAGGUAGACCUGAGCACAGUGAAAUCAACCGGGAAAAACGGACGCAUAAUGAAAGAGGACAUUCUCUCCCAUCUCAACAUGUCUUCAGACAAGUCCAACGAGGUACCUGCUGCAAGCUUCGUGGCCGCCGAGACUAUACCGGUGGCUGUCGCCAAGGCGUCCGCUGUGCUCGUGAGGGAAGAUCGGACGGUGCCCAUCUCUGGCUUCACUAAAGCCAUGGUCAAGUCUAUGACGGAGGCUAUGAAAAUCCCUCACUUCGGGUUCAGCGACGAAUACGACGUGACAAAGCUGGUGGCAGCCCGCAGCGAGCUCAAGGACCUGGCAGCAGCACGAGGGGUGAAGCUCACCUACAUGCCGCUCAUAGUGAAGGCAGCGUCCCUGGCGUUGUCAGAGUACCCCGUGCUCAACGCCAGUCUCGACGCCGGCUGCGAGAAUCUCAUCUACAAAGCCAACCACAAUAUUGGAGUCGCUAUGGACACGCCUAAUGGGCUUGUUGUGCCGGUUAUCAAGAAUGUGGAGCAGAAAUCUAUUCUGGAAAUAGCACAAGAUCUGAUGAGUCUACAAGAAAAGGGAUCAAAAGGACAGUUAGGACUCAGCGACCUGACUGGAGGAACCUUCACUAUCUCUAACAUUGGCAUUGUCGGAGGAACAUACACAAAGCCGAUUAUUCUUCCACCUCAAGUGGCGAUAGGAGCACUGGGCAAAAUUCAGGUGUUGCCAAGAUUCGACGCGAGCGGUAACGUGGUCCCGGCGCACAUCCUCACAGUGAGUUGGUCCGCGGAUCACCGCGUCAUCGACGGCGUCACCAUGGCCAGGUUCUCGGAGCAGCUUAAGAGCUACCUGGUCAACCCUUACAACUUCCUUCUGGAGCUGUGAACUGUGGACUUCGUAAGGUGCCCACGGAUGAAUAAUUUAUUGAUGACGGAGAUGCCAUCGUGUUGUGAAAAAUAAUGAAUACAGUGACCCGUUGUUGGUUUUGAGAGAAAAAGUCAGGAAUGAAGUGUUAAACUAUUUAUAUUUUAUUAAAAAUUCAUGUAAAACUGUGUAA